AUGUUUUGGAUUGAGGCGCUUGCGUCGAGCUUAGCGGCGAAGGUACAGGAGCAGGACAACAGCUGCGACAACAAAGUUCUUCUAAUCGAGAACUUCAGCAACAUCAACACGGCGCCGGAGCUCACGUACGGGAAACGCGUCGUCCUCGUGCAUGCCGUCACCCAGAUGCGCUUGGCGGUGUUUCCGUCGAAGCUGUCCAACAUUGACUCUGAUUGUGUGAAGCCUGUGCUCGUGCUGCGGGGUGGGGUGAGGGGGUGGGGUGGGGAAUCAGGCGUUUGCGAGUUUUUCAUUGUUUCACGGUAUAACAUUCACGACGACGGGGAUUCCGUUUGUCGCGGCUAUGAGGUGCUGUUGCGGCUGGUAACUCACCCCAUUUUUCUGCACGUCACAGCACCCGCCCUGAGGGCCAAAAAAGGGGCAGAUACGAACGCGUUAGGCCAACCCUUGGGCGAGAACAGCUGCGGCAACGUCAGCGCAUUUGAAGGGAACUUGCUUCCCAGUGUAGUGACGGCACCCCCCGAUGGGAGGUAA